UACUGUUCGCGUUGCUCAUUACCUCUCCGCACACACGAGAGUCGCGAGGCGCGAUUUCAAUACACAUCAAUACAAGAAAACUACAAUUCAAUAUUUAGAAGUUCUCUUUGGAACUUUAAUUUUUUUUUGUUUCUUCGUUCUUUCUUCAAUAUUUUUCUUUUUUGUUAUCGGUCGAAACGCUAGAAAUAGUCUGCCAUUACACCGUUCAAGUAGUUUCAAUCGUCUCGAGAAGAACUAUUUUUUUUUCAUGUAUAUAAAGUACGCAGUGCAUUUCAAAAACGUUUUCAAUAUACCUUCUGUGUUAGCAUAUAAUAUAGCAUACACAGCAUUACUCUUACUCUUUAUACAAUCGCGCGAGUUGAGUAAUUUCAAACGCAAAGACGAACCGUCGAUAUUGAAACGAACAGAAAAAAUAUUAAACUCAACGCUGCUAUCAAUUUGAAUAUUGAAAUGAAAUAAAGACGAAAAAAAAACUAUCGUCAACAAUUUUUUUUUGUCAUUGUGUACAUAAAAUUAAUAGUUAAACUAACGUCGGACAUACUAGUCGCAUGUGUAUUCUUUACGAUUUUUUUUCCGUUCGUUCGUUGGAACAAUAUUAAGUGACAUAACGUUUGUAGUGGAGUGUCUUUCGAGUAUCAUAAGAAUAUUGUAGUCAGAAAAAUGUGCGGUUUAUACAGUACACCGAGACAUAACCAAGGUAUAUUGUGAUGAUAAUAAUAAUAAAGUUAAAAAAAAACGGUGGUGCUAUUAAGUCAUCCGGUGUAAAUUAUGCAAUCGAUUUGAUUAGACAAUUAUGAAACAUUUUUUGAUUCCAUCGAUGUUUCGUACUAAUUGACAUUGACGUAGCCGAGGACGUAUACCUGUUGAAUCAUACUAUACCAGUGAAUUGACAAAAUAAAAAGUUUAUCUUUUGUCAUUACAUAAAAAUUUCGUAAUUUCGUAAUAAAUAAAAUUUAACAAAAAAAAGUGCAGUGCAUAGAUAGACAUAUAUAGACACACUAUAAACCAUCAUAUAUAUCUGAAUGCACUUCACAUCAGAGCAUCAAAUGCACUACUGCUGCAGCUACAAUAUACAACAGUGCAACAACAACAAAAGUGCGGCUUGAACUAUCAUGGAACUAUAUGCAAUUUUUGAAUUGCACAUUAUAAAAUGAAUAUUAUUGUGUGUUUUGUUGAAUGCAUUUUUCAUUAGGUUUUAAUUAUAAAUGCACAUAAUAUUGCCACAGUAUAUACAUCGCAGUACAUACAUGCAUUAUAGUGUUGUGUCAUAGAAUAUAAAAAAAUUGAGAAUCGAAUGUAAAAUCUACCUUAAAUGAAAACACAUGCACAUUAAUACGAGGUUUUUUUUUUGAUUUAAUUGUUUUCGUUAAGUAUUUCAAGAAAAUUAAAUUAAUUUUUAUUUUAUUGUGUACAGUUUAAGACGACAAAAAAAUAAUCGCAGAGAGUGUGAGCUAUAAAAAUUGCUUAUAUUGUAAAUUGGUGUGUCACGACAAGCUCCAAGUCGUUACAACAAAGUGAAAAAUCAGUGAACGAAAAUUAAAAAAAAAUCAAAUUAUGAAAAGUCGUACCAAGCAAAUAAAUUCGUUUUCGGUUCAAGGCUUAAAUCAUACUCAAUCAAAUGGAUCCACAUAUCCCUCCAUAAGCUCGGCGUAUUGGCAGCCGGCACCCAAUCCGACACCGUACUUAGUGCCAGAUCGAAAAUUGUUCGUUGGCAUGCUCAACAAAAAAUACAACGAACAAGAUGUACGGCAAUUAUUUUCUAGUCAAGGAAGCAUCGAAGAGUGUACCGUUUUACGUGAUCAAAAUGGUCAGAGUAAAGGCUGUGCAUUCGUUACGUACGCAACCAAACAAUCAGCAAUUAGUGCGAUAAAGGUACUUCAUCAGAGCCAAACAAUGGAGGGCUGCUCUGCGCCAUUAGUUGUCAAAUUUGCUGACACACAAAGGGAAAAGGAACAGAAAAAAAUCCAGCAAUUGCAGUCUACCAUAUUGAAUGUGUCGAACAGUGGCAUACCGACCAGUAUUGGACAAAGUGCAACAACAAUUGCAUCGCCAUUGAUGACAAAUCCACCGCAACAUCCGAAUCCGUAUAUCGCUGCCGAUGCAAUUACGCCAUCGUCAUUACAAUUAUUGCAAUUGGUUGGUUUACAGCAGCAGCAGUUAAUGCAAGGGCUAAGUGGUGUACAAACUGAUACAACAUCGGUAGCAGCGGCUAAUGGAAUGCUAGCACCAUUUUCCGUACAAAAUUUAUUAACAAUGGCUGCAUUAGGUCAGCCACAAUUGGGUGCUUCUAACCAACAAAUUUCAGCUCAAUUAACAAAUGCGGCAGCUCCGUCGUCGUUGUGGACAGUUCCCGAUACACUUCCGUCAGCCUAUACAACAGCCGCGUUGCCACAGUAUGCUGGAGGAUUAUAUUCACCCACACCACUGACGAAUAACAAUCUCACCGCAACAGCUUCAAUAGUGGCUGGGAAACAAAUUGAAGGUCCAGACGGUGGUAAUCUAUUCAUCUACCAUCUACCUCAAGAAUUCACCGACACAGACCUAGCCUCAACGUUUCUGCCGUUCGGUAACGUUGUGUCCGCCAAAGUGUUCAUUGACAAACAAACGAAUCUAUCGAAAUGUUUCGGUUUUGUGUCAUACGAUAAUUCGCAAUCAGCCCAGGCAGCCAUUCAAGCGAUGCAUGGAUUUCAAAUCGGAGCUAAAAGACUUAAAGUACAAUUGAAACGAUCGAAGGAUGCUUCAAAGCCAUAUUAGUAACGUAAGAUAAAAAUUCCUUUUCUAGAAAAUAUUUUUUACUGAAAAAUUGAUGUCAUACCACGUAGGAGUAAAAGAUUUCCAAAAAAAAUGUAAAAAUAAAAAAAAUAGUCCAAUGAGUAGUUGUAUUAGGUAAAACACGAAACUAAUUGUCCUAAUAAGAAUCUGGUCCACUCAGAUCGAAUUAACUUUUUAAAUGAACUUCAAAAGUUUAAGCGGAAAAAAUUUUCCAAUUCUAUCGAGACCAUUAUUGAAAUCAAUCUCGUGUAUUCUUCAGCAAGUUCUAAACACAAUUCUGCGAAAUUUAAGUUCCACAUUCUACCCGUUCGACAGCACUUCUCUAAUUUAUUGACUCUAGUACUUCAUUUGAUAAAAUCAUUUCCAGAGUGAUCUAUGUGUGAAAUCCUGUAGUUCGUUUGUUUUAAAAUUCAUUUUGUUAUAAACAAGACGACAUAGCGUAAAUGUCAUUGCUCAUUUUUGUCGUCGUUAACGAUACCAGAUGAUAAUAGUCGUUCGUGGAUCAAUCUUGGCUAUCUCUACUUUUAGUUUGAAAAUACCAAUCUGAAAUUGUCUGGUUCAGUUUCAGAUUGGAAUUCGGAUUAAAAAUUCAAUGGAACUAAAUGAACUAAAAGCCAAUCAGAAGAGAUCAGCACCUGAAAUUUUCUCUCCGAUCCUGCCCUGUCCUGAAGUACUCAAUUUUAGGUAUUUAUAUUCUGGGAAGCUCAAAUGUUAACAGAUCCGGAUCUGACACAGAACCAAUCAAUCAUUUCAUUAUUAACACUGAGAAAGUGUUCAUUUGGAAACAAUUCGUCGAUAUCAACAUAUUUCAAAGUGGAUCAACGAACUUUGAGAAUUAUGUUCGGAAUUGCAUUAGGUUUAUGGAACCAUUCUCAAACGUAAGCGAAGCGAAAAAUGCGACGAAUUUCAGAUCUUCUUUUGUACGCAAAAAUGCUAGGAAAAAAAUAUGAAAAAUGUAGCGGUAGCCCUCUUGCCGGUCUGAGAUAUUGAGAUCCUAAUGAGAGCACGUAGUUUUUUUUAAAUUAAUAUUUGUUAUUUUGUUGUUCAUGCGUCACAACCAGGGCCUAUUUUUGAGAAAAUAUUUUCCCAAAUUUUCUUAAAAAUGUGCAACAAAAUUUUCAAGAGCAAGUUCUGGUCGACCUGCUUCGCAGGAACAGAUCUGUGAGAAACUAACUCGCUUAAAACUACGACUUAAAGUAAAUGCCUUAGCAACAAAAGUGACUAUUACUGUUCUACGGUCCCAAACUUUUCACUCAACAAAAAUGUUGGUCUCCAUGCAACACAAAAAAAAAAUUAACGCAGGCAUUCAAUGUCGUAUUGCCCUGUGUUCCAUACAGUCGUGCGUUCUGCCGUCGUAUACAACUCAACCAAAAACGACCCAUAAAAAUCUAAUUUGUGAAAUAAAAUUCAAUUGGAAGAGAAGCUCACUUAUUAGCAGAAUGGGAAUCAAUAUGAAGAAUACACUCGAGAAUAAAACGGAUUAAGAUAAUGGGGACACUCGAACGUUCGCUUUAAUAUUAAAAAUGAAAAAAAAAAAAUCAAAUCUUGAAAUGAAAUAUUGUUUUGAAACCUUCGCUGUACUGAGUAGCAGUUUUCGUUCGUCAGAAUAUGGUAAAGAAAUAAAAAAUAAAAUUUAAGCCAAUGAUAGACACCAAAAUAGAAUGUUAACGAGUUGAGUUAAUGCCUCAUUUUUCUUACUGAAGAAAAUUUAGUAGCUAAGUGAAUUAAGUCGUUUAGGGAGUAUUUUUAGUGCUGAUGAUUUAGUUGUUUAAGUAAGGUUAUGUUGCUAAGUUACAUUAAAUUAGAUCGAUGUAAGUUCACAUUGCAAAAAAAAAAGAUUUUUAAUUGGAAAUUGAUUGGAAUGAAGAAGCGAGGAUGUUUGUCAUGUUUUUUUUUACAAAAAAUUUUAAUUGACACCGACAAAUUGAACAGGAAAAGUAAAGAGAAUGUUUGAGUAUAAAA